GCAGUGAAUGGCUGCAGAGCGACUCGGAGCUUCUCAGUGAGGAACAUCUGUUAUACGGAUCGGCGUUUUUUUUAGCUUAUUUUACGUCGCUUUUUUACCCGAAAAUGAAGUGAAAUUUAGAUGCUAGAUGUGUGAACAGUGUGAGGUUGAAAAUGAGCCGAGAAAGGAGUCGGUUCUGAGGUAAUAUUCGGUGUUUGUUCGGUGUAAUGAGAUGAAACCGGCUGCUGAGAUUAGCACUGAUCUGAGAUCUCAUUCUCUUCUGCACAUCACUGGCUUUAUUCUUAUGUGGAUUACGAGACAAGCGAAUUAAUACACUGUGUGUGAUCGAAGAGAGGAGGAAGAAGAGGAAGAGGAGGAGGAAGAAGGAGGAAGAGGAGGAGGAUAUUUUUCUUUCCAGCUGGGGAAUGAUAAUAUGUCAAGACGAAAACAGACCAACCCUUUUAAAGUGAAUUGUAGGUAUCACAGGGCCGUUUCACAUGACAGGCUUCUCUGGCCUACAACACGCUUCGGAGAUGGAGGCGAAAGAUGACUUUGCUGAAAACACCGCAUGCCACAGCGCCGGCUGCGGAGACCUGGACGAGCAGGACGUCAGCACCGAUGAAAGCGACAGCGACCUGGACAAAGAGAACUCCUCCGGUUCUUCUGCCGACGACAACAUGGCCUGUCACAAGGCGAACCAGUGCAACGUUCACGGCGGAAGCAUGAAGGAGGAGAGCGAGAGGGAGUCGGACCUGGGGGGGAAUUAUUCAUGUCCCAUCUGUACCCUGGAGUUCGGCAGCCCUGAUCAACUCAUUGCACAUGUCUACCAGCACACGUCAGCGGUGGGCGGCAGUAAGAGUUACGUGUGUCCGGUGUGUGGUCGAGCUCUCAGCUCACCCGGCUCUCUCGGUCGUCACCUCCUCAUUCAUUCAGACGACCGACUCUCCAACUGUGCCGUGUGUGGAGCUCGCUUCACCGACACCAACAACUUCAACAGAGAAAAGCUAAAAGAGUUCCUCAGUGCCAGUGAUUUAGAGAGCAGCAGUGGAGAUCAGACCUGCUCCAUGGUCCAGUCUGUGUCUGAUGGUCACAUGUCCAUCCACAGCGUCAAUCACGGAGCGACUGCAGGCCCAGGCUUCCCCCCGCUCCCGGGCAGCCUCCUGUCCUCUGGAUCUGCUCUGCCCUCUUUCCCCGACAGCCUCAACCCACUUCCUGACUUGUUAAACCCCAUGCCCGUGUAUCCGGCAGGUGUGCUGCUGGUGUGUAACAGUUGUGCGGCGUACCAGCAUCUUGCAGACAGUCCGUCUUCUGCCAUGAGGAAUUGGGUGUCGCGGCGCAGGAACGAACCGACCGACGUACGGAUGCAGCGGCUGGAGCGCGAACGCGUGGCCAAGAAGAGCAAGCGUGAGCGCGAGACGCCUGAGGAACGUGAGCUGAGACGGCUACGUGACCGCGAGGCUAAGCGAAUGCAGCGACUGCAGGAGACGCAGGAACAGCGAGCACGACGGCUGCAGCGAGACCGCGAGGCCAUGCGCCUCAAACGUGCCACUGAGACGCCUGAAAGGAGACAAGCACGGCUGGUGCGUGAACGAGAGGCUAAGAGACUCAAGCGGCGACUCGAUAAGCUCGAACCGGCGCUGCGCGCACAGAUCGAGCACGAUCCCGCCGCCGUGGCCGCGCUCACCGCCGACGUGAACCUCUUCCAGUUCCCAUUCCCCGUCCCCGUCUCCUCCAUGGACAACGGGCUGUUUAUGAAACUUCCCUAAUCCGACUGAAACGCACACGGACUGGCGAGCGCAUCAGAUUUCUUCUCAUGUGCAAUAAGAUCAGAUUCUUAUUAAGACUGCUUUGAAAUGGUCACAUGAUCACUGGUCAGAAGCUCUAGGUUUAUUUAUAAGCAGGUGACGUUUGAUCGGAGGUGAAGGUAGAGAUGCUAAGUCUAAUGAGUGGGGGGGUGGAGGGAGACGGACCUUCCCUUUGCAGAAUUCUAUUUAUUUUUCUGGUGAUUUAGAGCGUCAGUAGCUGUGCUGUUUUCACCUGAGCACAAACAGACACUCCGUUAUUUAUACACGACAGCAGGGUAAAGACGUUUCGUGUCCCUGCCUUAGGAACAAGCAUGUUUUAGAGAUUUAGUUUGCAUGUGGGCCUACAUUGAGGAGGAAGAGAUGUGCAGCCACGCCCUCGCAAGCCCCGCCCUCUAAUUGGCAGGAGUUUACCUGUAGCUAUGACUCCUCCUCCCUGCUGGAGCUCCGAUCCACAGAUUCAACUACCUCGACUCUGGACUGCUCUGUGCUCGAACCUCUUCUGUCUGGACUGCAGGGACUCGACACACGCUGUCUCUCCCUCUGUCUCUCUUUCUCUCUCUCACUCACACACACCUACAGACACACACGAAGGAACACAGUGGUGUUGGUGCAAAGCUGCUUCCAUAACGAUGUCGUAGUAACCGUCAGAAUUAUGUACUAGAACGUAGUCAUAAAUCGACCAAUAGGAGACAGUUGUGGGCGGGACAUCAGGCAAAACGCCCAAAAUUAUCUUACUACACUGAAAUUCCUGAAAUAUUGCAUAUGACUUUACACUGAAACGUUGCGUUCGCAUAAAAACGAUGACCAGGUAGCAGUCAAAGAUUUAUUUUUUAAACAAAUAUUUGCAAAUCGGUGCCGUUUACAGGUCGUGUAUUAUGCAGCGCCCUCUAGUGUCCUAUUCGUUUUUUUCCUUAUUAUUUCUUCUUUUACUUUUCACUGUUUACACCAUACUAUGCUGCUGAAUCCUGGAUUCUGAUUGGUCAGAAGGUGUUGAUUCGUUAUCUUUAACAGAAGCGCAGAUUUAUAUUAAUGCGCUUGUCCUGAUACAGAUCGCCGACCGCGACUCGGACGGCAGACGCCGUACUGAUGUUAAAGGCACGUUAGGAGACGUUUCUUCAGCGUCUACGGAAGGAGUCUCCGGUGUCGGUGUUUUGGAACAGUCAGGAAGUGAAGCUGGGGGUUCGAUCGUCAUUGUGAAAGCAGCUUUAUGCACCGCUACGUUCUUUCUGAGUUCGUGCUCUUCCUCUCUGAAAAGAGGAAAUGCCACAGACACACACACACACACAAUGUCUAUGCUAAAACCAUGGAAACAGCAGUCCACUCUGAACUCUUUGGCUUGUGGUAAACUCGAAACCUCUGUACUGAUCUACAGAACAAACACACACACACACGGGUUCCUUCUUGUCUCAGGGAUGUCGAGGGUGAUGCGGUUUGUCCUCUCAGCCUGAGAGAGAAGAGAAAAGAAGAGGAGAGGAACGAAGAGAAGCAGCUUUUCUCCUCUUCCUCUUCCAUCUCCUCUUUCACGCUGCGUUCGAGACCGUCGAGAGAAACACUGCCUGGUCCUCGCUCUCGCUCUCACUUUCGGUUAUUUCCUCCACGCCGACCUGCUCCGCUGCUUUCUCUCACUUCUACACCUUGACCGGCUCCGGCUCUCUGUCUGCGUGCUCGUGAACUCUCUUAACGCAGUUCUAGUCCAGUCUCUGUAGACACGAUCGAUGCUAAACGAAUGCUGAUGUUGCCUUCGUCACUGGAGAUUUUUUUUAAUGUUCUGCUUUUAUAUCGACACAGGCAUGAUGAGUUCUGUUUAAAAUGAUUGUUAUUAUUAUUAUUAUUGUUGUGUAGAAAAAACCUUAGAUUGCAUGAAAGUCGGGGGAAUGCAGAUCUGAGCGCGUUUGUGUCGGACGGACGAUUCACUGGAUUUCGAUGCAUUUCAUCAACAGUUGAAUAAACGUAUAGAUAUUUAUUAAAGCUGCUGUAAGCAACGUAAACUGCUGACGAAGGCCACGCCUUUCCCUAACGACAGAAUUACCAAUUGCAGAUAUAUUAUUCCCAUCGUAUAUGAUUUUCUUAUACACGAUAAGAACCAUUUUUUUUAAUUACAGAAUAAUCAAACCAAGUUAAAACCUUUAUAACCCUGCUUUAAAUUCAGCUACACUAGCUAGCUAACAUCCUCACAUCUGACUAGCGCUACACAGAGCAGUCGUCACCGAAACGGCAAAAAAACAGAGCUAGCUAAAAAAAAAAAAAGCUAUUAAACAGUUCGCUAAUCCACACCGAGCCAUCUAGCUGUAACCGGGAUGAAUUUUUUCCCACCUUCCUUCCUUCCUGACCACCGUUCUUGUACCGGAACUUUCCGAUUUCGCGCUUUCGACUUCUAUCCCUCGCUAGCUGUCAGUCUUAGCGACGGCCGUCCGGAUGUAAAUAGCCGAAGUGUUCUUAAGAGUCGAUUACAGCAGCUUCGGGUCCUGUUUACACGAGUCGAACUUCUCCACACCUCCUUGAGAGAUACCUCUGGAAUAACAGGGUCACGGAAUACGUUCUGCUUUACUGGAUACCGUAUGGAUUUAUACUCUUUCCUCCAUUCCGAUUCUUUAUUCCAGUAAUGGGGGGGGACGACACCUCUGACAUGCCAGAUGUAGUUUACAGACGAUUGUGACGAGUGUUUUAUUGUGACGAGUGUUUUGUUUGUUUGUUCUGGAUGGAUGAUGAAUACUUGGGUAAAAUAUCACUAUGCAACGAUUCUGUACUUCAGACCCUGUAAAUCUGGACACUUUGUAUUUGUUACUAUGCAGCUGAAAGGUGAUGAAGGUGAAAGGACAAGGGAUUGUAUGCAGCAAGCAAACAAACACACACACUUUGAUGUAUAAUCUUGAAGCCCAUGUGUUUUGUGGAAACACGAGUUUUGAUUGAUGGUGUAAAACCUAAGCUUGUCUUCUUAUGAUGAUGAUGAUGAUUAUUUAAAUAUCUUUCGUAUCGUCCGCAGUUCCUGGGCUCCUAAAAUAAAAAAGUUCAAGCUUGGAACUCAUUAAAAUGCCCUUAUAGGGUUAGUUCUGUCCUGAGCUCACAGGUUCUCAGCCCUGCUCCUGGAGAAGCCUCCUGUCAUGUAGAGCGCUCGAACUUCUCUUCACUUCGACUCUGGUGUUAAUGAGCUGAACGUCUGGAAAAAUAUCUGAAGGCCUCUAACGAGAACGACGUGACGUCACCAUGGAGCGAAAGUCGUUUCGGCGCAGGAUAAGUCGUUUAUUCCUACAGCGACAGCAUCGUAACGCCGCCACCUGCAGCACCGGAGGAACCGUACAGCAGAGAAGAGAUGAUCGAUUUUGCACAACUGAAAACUUUUAACUUUAUAUAUAUAUUUUUUUUAUAUUGUUAUUAAUCACAUAUAACUAAAAUCCUCCUGUUCUCACGACGAUCUGGAAUCCAAACACCCAAAGGUCCCGUUCUGACGAGUCCACACUAUUGUUCAAAAGAAAGACCAGAGAUUUUAAGAAACACAGGGUUUAAUGAGUGAUGGGUGGGGGGGUGGGGGGUUUAUUGUUAUUGAAUGCAUUUAUGAUGAAAUUUGACACGUGCAUGAUGCUAUUUUAGACGCUUGUGUUCUGUUCUCUGCCUGCUUCGUUCUUUAGCUCUGUAUUAAGGGACCUAACGAUAAAUUGACUUUUUUUUUUUUUUAAAUAUAUAAUAUUUUGGUUAGUAUUUCAGGAGAAGAACGCUCUUGACCACGUUUACAAAACACGUCUACAAACGCCAAAACGACUCCCGUGUCGGCUUCCACGUCUCGCAGACGCACGCCUUCCUACGUAUUUGGUCGAAUCUGCUCGACCGGAGCCUCCCGUUUCUCGGAGCGCUCGUCCAACCGGCUGAGGGACACGAGCACGUGGAAAUGAGACAGAAGCAAAUAAGAGGGAGGCUGCGUUUCAUCUCGCCCUUACAGAAAGCCAUUCUCUGUUACUGGAUUAACAGAUUCAAAUGUCAGGAUGAAACUGGGAUCAAUAAACGUUGACCUUGCUGCAAAACAGUGUGUGUGUGUACGUGUGUGUGAGUGAGAGAGAUUCUUUAAAAACAGAAGCUUCUCACCUACAAAGCUCCAACGCCUCCACGUCGUCUCGUCUCGGCUAAACAGGAAAAGAAUUCUACAGCACCUUUAACUGAAACUAUAAACAAAAAGUUAUCAUGAACAGAAUUAAAUUCAGUCCCUGCAGGA